AUGGGUGCUGAGGAAGAGGUGCUGGUCACUCUGUCAGGGGGAGCCCCCUGGGGUUUCCGACUUCAGGGGGGUGCCGAGCAGAGGAAACCAUUACAGGUGUCCAAGAUCCGAAGACGGAGCCAGGCUGGCAGAGCAGGACUCCGAGAGACGGAUCAGCUUUUGGCCAUCAACGGGGUCUCCUGCACUAGCCUCUCUCAUGCAAGUGCCAUGAACCUCGUUGAUGCCUCAGGGAAUCAGCUUGUCCUCACUGUGCGGAGGGUAGGGGACGAAGGGCCUGUACUACGAUCACCAUCUCCCAGUGAACUUCAGGUGCUAUCACCUGUGUCUCCACUGAGUCCUGAGCCUCCCGGUGCUCCAGUCCCCCAGUCUCUGCAGCCUGGGAGCCUUCGUUCACCCCCUGACAGUGAAGCUUACUACGGAGAGACAGACAGUGAUGCAGAGGGCCCUGCUACCCAGGAGAAGACCCGCCGCCCUCGCCGCCGAGGCCCCCUGAGACCCACCCCUCCAGGAGCUCCACCUGAGGAGAGCUACCUAUCAGAUAGUCCUGCAGAGCCAACCCCUGCAGUCCCCGGCCCUCCUAGCCAGAGCGACAGCAGAGUGAGCUCCCCAUCUUGGGAGGAUGGGACAGCCUUUCAGCCACCCCCAGCCGAAGCCCUGCUGUUACCGCGUGGACCCCUCCGGCCUGGUCCUGACCUCAUUCCUAUGGUAGGGCCUGUUCCCCACCCAGUGGCAGAAGAUCUUACUACCAGCUACACCCAGAAGGCCAAACAAGCCAAACUGCAACACGCAGAGAGCCUCCAGGAGAAGAGUGUGAAGGAGGCCAAGACCAAAUGCCGGACCAUUGCAUCCCUGCUAACUGCCGCCCCCAACCCCCACUCCAAGGGGGUGCUUAUGUUUAAGAAACGGCGGCAGAGAGCUAAGAAGUACACGCUAGUGAGUUUUGGGGCUGCGACUGGGACUGGGACUGGAGUUGAGGAGGAAGAGGACGGUGUCCCCCCAACAAGUGAGUCUGAGCUGGAAGAAGAAGCCUUCUCAGACGCCCGCAGCCUUACCAAUCAGUCUGACUGGGACAGCCCGUAUCUGGACAUGGAGCUGGCCAGGCCUCGCUCAGGUGCAGCAGAGGGUCAGAGUCCUGGGCUUGGAGGGCAGCUGAAUGAGGCCUCUGGACGAGGGGCCCAGCUCUUUGAACAGCAGCGCCAGCGCGCAGCCUCCAGCUCCCAGGAGCUGGCUCAGGAUGGCCCACCAGCCUUGUUUAAUGAGCAGGCUCUGCAGUCACCCCUUCGUGCUCAGAGUGCACCUCCAGAGGUGACUGAACUCCCCCCCAGCCCUCUGCCCACCCUUGUAGCCAGCACCCCCAGACCCUUUUUUCCUGGCGGGGGGGCCCCUUCCCAGGCUUCUGGUAUCUUUAACCGGUCAGCCAGGCCCUUUACUCCAGGUUUACAAGGGCAACGCUCAGGUACCACCUCAGUUAUUUUCCGGCCCCUAGCUCCCAAAAAAGCAAAUGAAAGCCUGGGCGGCCCCAGCCCCGCUCCACCUCCCUUUUUGUCUUCUCCUCAGGGGACCACCCCUUUGUCCAGUUUUACCCCCGAGGUUUCUAGUCAUGUGCCGGCCCUGGGUUCCCCCAGCACCCACCAGUUCUCAGGCCCGGUGACAGCCACCAGUUCCCUGUACAUCCCAGCCCCCAGUCGGCCUGUUACUCCAGGCGGAGCCCCGGAGGCCCCCACUCCUUCUAGCGCUGCUGCCAUGACCUCUACUGCUUCCAUCUUCCUAUCGGCGCCUAUGCGAUCAGCAGGCCGCCCAGAGGCGGCCCUCCCGGGCUCAGCUGCACCUGAGCCUCCCAGCGCGCGUGAGCAGCGCAUCUCGGUGCCAGCUGCCCGCACAGGCAUCCUGCAGGAGGCCCGGCGCCGGGGGACUCGGAAGCAGAUGUUCCGGCCGGGAAAUGAGGAGACGAAGAACUCUCCCAACCCCGAGCUUCUGUCACUGGUGCAGAACCUGGAUGAAAAACCUCGGGCCGGGGGUGCAGAAUCUGGUCCUGAGGAGGAUGUUCUGAGCCUCGGGGCUGAAGCCUGCAACUUCAUGCAGCCACCAGGGGGCAGGAGUUACAAGACCCCGCCUCCCUUGACACCCAAAACCCCGCCUCCCAUCGCUCCCAAGACUCCACCCCCUAUGACACCUAAGACUCCACCCCCAGUAGCCCCUAAACCCCUAUCUCGAGGGUUCCUUGAUGGGCUGAUGAAUGGGGGGGUCCCUUCAUCCCGAAUGCCUGAGCCACCAAGGCUGCAGGGCAGGGGUGGGGAGCUAUUUGCUAAACGUCAGAGCCGCGCAGACAGGUUUGUGGUGGAAGCUACGCCGGGUCCUGCCUUUGGCUCUAGCACUCGGCCCAGAAGCCCUUCUCCUACUCCUUCACUGCCCCCAUCCUGGAAAUAUUCUCCCAAUAUCCGUGCGCCACCUCCUAUUGCUUAUAACCCACUGCUCUCACCUUUCUUCCCUCAAGCUGCCCGAACUCUCCCUAGUAAGGCUCAAUCUCAGGGGCCCCGGGCAACCCCCAAGCAGGGUAUCAAGGUUCUUGAUUUCAUGAGACACCAGCCCUACCAACUGAAAACUGCCAUGUUCUGUUUUGAUGAGGUUCCCCCGACUCCAGGCCCUACUGCUUCAGGCCCUCCCAAAACUGCCCGAGUCCAGGAGAUCCGCAGAUUUUCCACACCUGCUCCCCAGCCCACUGCAGAGCCCCUGGCCCCCACAGUGCUUGCUCCACGAGCAGCCACUACACUGGAUGAGCCCAUCUGGAGAGCAGAGCUGGCCUCAGGCCCUGCCCCUAGCCCAGCCCCGACUCCAGAGUCUCCCAGGGGCCUUGGAGCCUCCUCCAACUAUUGUGGCUUCCAGGUAACCAGACCAAGGUUCUCAGUUACCAGAACAGGAUUGCAGGCUCACGUGUGGAGGCCUGGGGCAGGACACUAG